AUGAGUUGUUGAGGGAUGCAAUGCUCCAUAGCAACAUCAGUACCAGCGGAGGAGCGCUGCAGCGGACGACCUGGGAUAAAUAUCCUGAGAAUAUCUGAUACAGGUGCUGCAUGCGGACAACAUGGACGACCAAAAGGAAUCACUGAAGAAGAUUAUCACUACGUUGGCUCUGAAGAAUGAGGAGAUUCAGAAUUUCAUCUGCUGCUUAAAGCAAAGUCUAGAGAACCUAGAGGCGAAUUCAAACCGAGUGCAGGAGGAUCUGGAGUCAGAGUUUAGUUCUCUGCAUGCCGUCCUGGAUGAACUGAAAGAGGGCAUGGUCACACGCAUCAAGCAGGAAAGAGCCAGUCGCACAUAUGAGCUACAGAAUCAGCUGAGUGCAUGCACCAAAGCCCUGGAGAGCUCAGAGGAGCUGCUGGAAUUAGCCAAUCAGACGCUCUGCUCAUCUGAGAAUGAGAACUUCACUCAGGCGGCCAAAGAGAUAAAGGAUAGUGUGACUAUGGCUCCAGCAUUUCGUCUGUCUCUGAAAGCAAAGGCCAGUGACAGUAUGAAUCACAUGAUGGUGGACUUCACUCACGAAAGAAGUAUGCUACAGGCCAUCACGUUUCUUCCAGUGCCUGCCACACCAGAAAUUCACGUGGCUGAAUGCCAGGUGUUUGAUAACACAGUCACAGUGGUGUGGACCUUACCUGAACCAGAUUCCAAAAUCGACCACUACAUUCUGGAACAUCGGAGAACCAAUCAUGACGGUCCUCCUCGGGCUCGAGAAGACUACCCCUGGAUGGUGGUGGAAGGGAUAAAAGAGACUGAGUACACACUCACGGGCCUACGUUUUGACACGCGUUACAUGACCUUUAGAGUGAAGGCAUGCAAUAAAGCUGUGGCAGGUGAAUUCUCAGAGCCGGUUACUCUAGAAACACAUGCAUUUGUCUUUAAACUGGAUGCAGGUUCGUCCCAUCAGAACCUGAAGGUGGAGGAUCUCAGUGUGGAAUGGGACAGCAGCGGUGGGAAGGUAGCAGUUCAGGACAUCCGUAAGGAGAAGAACAGGACCAGCUCUCCCAUGCAUUCUCCUGCCAGGACAGCUAUGAUGUCCCCCAAAAGAGCUCCAUCUGCUAGAGUGGGCCGAGACCGCUUUACAGCGGAGUCCUACACUGUCUUGGGAGACACCAUGAUCGAUGCAGGGCAGCAAUACUGGGAGGUACGGUUUGAUAAGGAGAGUAAGGCAUUUGCAGCGGGAGUCGCUUUGCGGUCUCUAGGCCGCUUUGAUCAGCUGGGGAAGAGUAACGCUUCCUGGUGCAUCCACCUGAACAACUGGCUUCAGCAGAGCCUCACAGCCAAGCACAAUAAUAAAGCCAGAACACUGGACUGCCCCAUUCCCGAUCGCAUCGGCAUUUACUGCAACUAUGAAGAAGGCACAUUGUCUUUUUACAACUCCAGAACCAAAACUCUCCUUCAUACCUUCAGAACCAAGUUCCAGCAGCCUGUUAUACCAGCCUUUAUGGUGUGGAAUGGGAGUUUCUCAGUGCAGACGGGCCUUCAGGUACCCAGCAUCGUGCUGAGCGGUCAGAAGCGAAACAGUAAUACAAGCAGCUCUAAUGCCAGCCUUACUUAAAUCAUACUUCACUCUAGAACUGCUACAUGUACACACAGGUUUGGAGAACACCUGGCAACUCUGACGCAACUCAGUGUUGUACUGGCGUAGCAAAGCCUGGAGGCUCUUCCUAUUAUCAGUAUGUCUUGCCAGCCAGCCCAGGGGGACAGCUGCUCUAGAUUGCUUCCUCAUUCCUUUUAGCUCACUGAUCCGGAUCCUGUGCCUUUCAGUGUCCUGAAUCAAGACAUGAUUGGGGUAUUACUCUAUUUUAACAUGCAAACAGCUUUAAUAGCCUUGAGUUCAUGUGUACAUCGCUAGGGCCAAAAGUUGUGUUAUGUUUUUUAGCAUUUGUUCACAGUAUUUGAGCCACAUUUGAACAGUUAUUUCCAUGCAAUUGCAGCAUGUUGGUGUUACCGUUUGAAAUCUCAGACAAACUGUAUUAUAUUUACACACUGAAUGUCUUUAAUUACAUGCCUCGAAUUCUGCUACAGUAGCUGCUUCCGUGAACUUUUUAAACUUACAGUUAGUAUCAAAGUAGCACAAUAAUCAUAGAAGUCAAAUGCCUUUUAUAGAAUGUAUUAAUUCAGCAGUUCCAGCAUCUGAGGAGAAAGAAGGCAAGUUUAAAAAAACAGUCGGUUGUGCAUGGUUAAUGAUGUGUGUGUGUUUGUGUUUAUGUGUGUGUGUGUGCGUCCAUGUUCAUCUGUCAACCAGAAAGGUACUUUUCAGUGUUCUUGAUGCAAAUAUUUACCAAACUUGACUUUUUUGUAUGCCUGCUGCAAUUACAUAUUACAGAUUACAGAAGACAUUCUGAUUUUUUGCCAUAUUUCUGUCCUCUGAAAAGAAUAGUUCAGCCAAAAAUGAAAAGUCUGUCUUCACAUCUGUUUUUCCCAAAACUGUGUGACUCUCUGGAACGCAAAAGAAAUUUUGAACAAUGCUGGAGCUUUCAAGCUUAGUUCACCCCAAAAUUAAAAUUCUGUCAUUAAUUACUCACCCUCACGUCAUUCCAAACCCGCAAGAUCUCGUUCAUCCUUGGAACAUCUUCGGAACACAAAUUAAGAUAUUUUUGAUGAAAUCCAAGUGCUUUCUGAGCCUGCACAGACAGCAAUGCAACUGACCAGUUCAAGGUCCAAAAAGUAGUAAGGACAUUGUUAAAAUAGUCCAUGUGACAUCAGUGGUUCAAUUAUAAUUUUAUAAAGCUACGAAAGUACUUUUUGUCCACAAAAAAACAAAAAUAGCUUUAUUUCAGUGCCCUCUGCCAUUCAUGAGAGUACAACAAUGUAGUACUCAAAAAAUCUUAAUUUGUGUUCCAAAGAUGAAAGAAGGUCUUACAGGUUUGGAACGACAAGACAUUUUUUGGUAAACUAUCCCUUUGAUAAAGGACAUAAAAACAGGCAAAUUGUCAUAAAAAUGCUCCAUAAGCCUACAGUUAAUGAUAAUCUUUUGAAAUAAACAGUCACUCAUUUGAACUCCAGAACCAAAUCAGUCUGAGUCACUGAAAAGAGUCGACUCAAAAGAACGAUUCAUUCAUGACCCAGAGAUCGCUACUAUCAUUGAGAGCAAGAGAAAAUUUCAGACUGUUUAUCACACAAAUAGUCUCGCGUAGCCAGACCUUCAUGGUGCGUUCACACCAGACGCGAAUGAAGCGUUAAACGCGAGUGAUUUACAUGUUAAGUCAAUGCAAAGACGCAAAAGACACCCUGCGGCGCGAUUCGCGCGAAUUAAGCGUUUCGGGCGUUUGACGCGCGUAACGCUUGAUUCGCGCAAGUUGAAAAAUCUUUGGCGAAUAUUCGCACAUAAAGCGCAGCUACCCUCUCAACAAAAUCCAUGUCAGCCAUAUAGCAAACAAGAUGGUUGGGUUGUUUUUAUGCUAUUUUUGAAUUCUUUUUGAAAGCUUGGUACUUGCAUUGGAAAAGAAAGUCAGAGUUUUAGAACAACAUGAGCGUGUAAUUAAUGACAGAAUUUUCAUUGUUGGCUAAUCUAAUAUAAUCCGCACUGCUUUUAGUUAAACACCUGAACAUUUUAAACAGUACUGUCUGAAACUGAAGUCACCCUGUAAAAAUGCUAUUACACUACCUGUUACGUCAAUAAAACAAAUGCCAAACAUA